CGGAUGUUCUGCUCCACUCUGACCGACACUCAGUCAACUUGAGCGGACAGAGGCGUGAGCGUGAGCGCCUCCCGGGUGCCGGCCGUCCGUGUGCCUGAGAAGUCCGGUCUCGCAGCUCAUUUAGACUGGCUCACCGGACUGACAGAAGUUGGCGGUGUUUCGUGUAACACUCGAUCGGAGAGUGAGAUCAAAUCAGCGUUGAUACAUCUCGACAUUUAAAAUGUCCAUCUUGCCGUUCACGCCUCCCAUAGUGAAGAGGCUUCUCGGUUGGAAGAAGGGGGAGCAGAACGGCCAAGAGGAGAAAUGGUGCGAAAAGGCUGUGAAAAGUCUGGUGAAGAAGUUGAAAAAGACCGGACAGUUGGACGAAUUGGAAAAGGCCAUCACGUCACAGAAUGUCAACACCAAAUGUUUAACUAUACCAAGAUCAUUAGACGGUCGACUCCAGGUCUCGCACAGAAAAGGUCUCCCUCACGUGAUCUACUGCCGCCUGUGGCGCUGGCCCGACCUGCAGUCGCACCACGAGCUGCGGGCCGGCGACCAGUGCGAAUACGCUUUCCACACAAAGAAAGAUGAAGUGUGCGUGAACCCCUAUCACUACCAGAGGGUGGAGACGCCAAUUUUGCCCCCAGUUCUAGUUCCACGACAUACAGACAUCCCUGCGGAGUUCCCACCACUGGAUGACUACAGUCCCUCCAUCCCUGAGAACACAAACUUCCCCGCUGGCAUUGAACCGCAGAGUAACUACAUACCUGAAACGCCCCCGCCGGGGUAUUUGAGUGAGGAUGGCGAGACGAGCGAUCACCAACUUAACCACAGUAUGGACACAGGUUCACCCAGCCUGUCGCCCAAUCCUGUGUCACCCACGAACAAUAAUUUUGACCUCCAGCCUGUGACGUAUUGCGAGUCCGCCUUCUGGUGCUCCAUCUCCUACUAUGAGCUCAACCAACGCGUCGGGGAGACCUUUCACGCUUCGCAGCCCUCCCUCACGGUCGACGGCUUCACUGACCCCUCCAAUUCGGAACGCUUCUGUUUGGGGCUGCUGUCCAACGUAAACCGCAAUUCUGCUGUCGAGCUGACACGGAGACAUAUAGGCCGGGGCGUUAGGUUGUACUACAUUGGUGGGGAAGUGUUUGCCGAGUGUCUCAGUGACAGCUCCAUAUUUGUCCAGAGUCCGAAUUGCAACCAGCGCUACGGAUGGCAUCCCGCUACCGUCUGCAAGAUCCCUCCAGGUUGCAACUUGAAGAUCUUCAACAACCAAGAGUUUGCCGCUCUUCUUGCCCAGUCGGUCAACCAGGGCUUUGAGGCGGUUUACCAGCUGACCAGGAUGUGCACCAUACGCAUGAGUUUUGUCAAAGGCUGGGGCGCAGAGUACAGACGUCAGACAGUGACCAGCACCCCUUGCUGGAUAGAGCUGCAUCUCAACGGUCCUUUGCAGUGGCUGGACAAGGUUCUCACACAGAUGGGUUCUCCCACCAUCCACUGCUCCAGCGUGUCUUAAGAGGCAGCCACCAGCCUACUGUGGUUUCUCGCUCUCUCAGCGCAGAUAAGGAAAAGAGACGGUAUUAAUCGGAUCAUCUUCCCUUGCCGUAAUGUUUAACCUCACACACGUGUUACACUUCCCUUUGCACUGUCGACCCAUGUGAUGGUCCUUUGUUCUGCGUCUUCUACUUAUCGCUAUUCUGUUCAUUUUCAGACGCACACACAGCCAUUUCUUUAAUGUCACUGAGAUAUCAAGUAACCCGUGCGUCGCAGCAGUUUUGUGUUCGUGGAGAUGCCACUGCGGUUCCGUCAACAAAGGCAUGAUGGGACAUUUUCAUGAAAAUUGGCGGAGGGCCAGGGCAGAUUGAGGCAAUUUUACUUUCAGCUUUUUUCUUACAUUUUCAUUAAUUUUUCUCAGGAAGUACAACAGGAACCUGAAUACAAAAUUAGCUACUUUGUAAAUGUUCCGGGAAUAGAGCAUCCCUCCCACACUUGCCGGUUGGCGCGACAACACUAUUUGAUACAUUUUAAAACAUUGAUUCUAUGAAUUAAUUAUUCUGUUCAACUGGUCGAUGUGUUCCAGUACAAUUCUUUUUAAAACGACUGCGUUCAAGGUGAUAAAAUUCAUGCAAGUCUUAAGUACAAGGUACUUCCCCCCCAUAAUAGUUCAUCAUAUUAAUGAGGAUUACUUAAUUGAUGUUUUAUCUAUUAUAAACAAGAUCAGGCCAAUUAUUUCUUGGUUUAUUUAAAAUAAAAACUUGUAAGAAAAACUAUUUUGCGCUGUAGAAAAUACAUUUUCUAAGUUAUUUUUGCAUAUUUGUCCUGCUUGGGAAUAUAUUUUUUAUUAUUGCCUCAGUAUGAUUGUACAUAACUAUUUAUAGCUUGUGAUUUCUUGUAGUUACGCAUCAAUGAAAACGGGGCUGCACCUGACUGACAGUAAGGCACAGGCGGGUUAAUCCGUGGCCGACCUUCUGUGUGAGUGAAUGAAGCACUUUCGAUUGGUGUACUGUACAGCUUCAGUUUAAGUCAUUUAUUGUGUGUUUGAAAAUGUUAUGUUCAACGCUACAGUGUAAGGCAUAAGUAAUUUGCCUGCAGUCUUUGAAGUUGUAAUGUCAAUGAAUAUUCACACUCUUGACAGUACACCGUCCAAUCUCUUCGGUCACUCGCGCAGUAUAUUGGGUAGAUGACAGAGCUGCGUCUGCUCUUGUGGUCCUCUGUCUCAUGUACACGCAUUGUUUAGUCACUUGGCUGAAAUACAUUCUUAGGCGGCCUUUUACUUUAUGCAAAAAUGUCUAAUAAAUGGAGUAAAAAUAAA